GAAGUGAGUGGGAGAGGAAGCAGCUGGUGAUGCUGGAACAAACAUGGCCGUCCCGGUACCCCUCGGCCGCUCCGGCUCCUUCUGCCUGCGGCUGCUACGACUGCUGGCGUUGCUGGAGCUGCUGGUCCACCCCGUCUUGGGCCGCGUCCAUCACCUGGCGCUCAAAGAUGAUGUGCGGCAUAAAGUCCAUCUCAACACCUUCGGGUUCUUCAAGGAUGGGUACAUGGUGGUCAACGUCAGCAGCCUCUCUGUCAACGAGCCUGAGGGAGCUACGGACAAGGACGCUGAGAUCGGAUUCAGUCUGGAUCGAACUAAGAAUGAUGGCUUCUCUUCUUACCUGGAUGAAGAUGUGAAUUACUGUAUUUUUAAAAAAAAGUCCAUGUCUUCUGUCACUCUUGUCAUCUUAGACAUCUCUGGAAGCAUAGUCAAGGUCAGAUCCCCACCAGAAGCUGGGAAGCAGUUACCAGAGAUUCUCUUCAGCAAGGAUGAGAGAGUCCCGAGUCGGAGCCAGGAGCCUGCUGUCAGCUCCAACCCCAAACUCAGUGAGGCUCAGAGAACCCUCGAUGGUUUCAAGGCUAGCCGAAGUACAGUGGACUCAAAGGCUAUCACAGAGCGAUCCUUCUCAAUUCACAAGAAUGACGGGACGGUCUCAUUUCAGUUCUUCUUUAACAUCAGCACCGAUGACCAGGAAGGCCUCUACAGCCUUUACUUCCACAAGUGCCCAGGCAGCAACGUGAAGCCUGGUGAGCAGGCCUCGUUCAGCCUAAAUAUUGAUAUCACCGAGAAGAACCCUGACAGCUACCUCUCUGCUGGGGAAAUCCCUCUCCCCAAGUUAUAUGUUUCCAUGGCCUUGUUCUUCUUUCUGUCUGGGACCAUUUGGAUUCACAUCCUUCGUAAGAGAAGGAAUGAUGUAUUUAAAAUUCACUGGUUGAUGGCGGCCCUUCCUUUCACCAAGUCUCUCUCGUUGGUGUUCCAUGCAAUCGACUACCACUACAUCUCCUCGCAGGGCUUUCCGAUUGAAGGCUGGGCUGUUGUAUACUACAUAACUCACCUGCUAAAGGGCGCACUCCUGUUCAUCACCAUUGCUCUCAUCGGCACUGGCUGGGCCUUCAUCAAGCACAUCCUGUCUGAUAAAGACAAGAAGAUCUUCAUGAUUGUCAUCCCGCUCCAGGUCCUGGCGAACGUGGCCUACAUCAUCAUAGAGUCCACUGAGGAGGGCACAACUGAGUAUGGCCUGUGGAAGGACUCUCUGUUCCUGGUUGAUUUGCUUUGCUGCGGCGCCAUCCUCUUCCCAGUGGUGUGGUCAAUCAGGCAUUUACAAGAAGCCUCCGCCACAGAUGGAAAAGCUGCCAUUAACUUAGCGAAGCUGAGGCUUUUCAGACAUUACUACGUCUUGAUCGUGUGCUACAUCUACUUCACCAGGAUCAUUGCCUUCCUUCUCAAGUUUGCUGUUCCAUUCCAGUGGAAGUGGCUCUACCAGCUGCUGGAUGAGACAGCCACGCUGGUGUUCUUUGUCCUGACGGGGUAUAAGUUUCGCCCAGCUUCAGAUAACCCCUACCUGCAGCUCUCUCAGGAAGAAGAUGACCUGGAGAUGGAGUCAGUAGUGACGACGUCAGGCGUGAUGGAGAAUAUGAAGAAGGUGAAGAAAGUGAGCAAUGGUGCUGUGGAACCCCAGGGCAACUGGGAAGGCACCGCGUGACAGCAGGGCUGAGGACUGCUGUCAAUGAAACUAGCUUAUUCAUAGCCUAUCAGUGAGCAAGUGCGUUCCUGACAGAAGGAUGGCAUCUCCCAGCAGUGACACUCCAGACGGCGCUCAGUGCUCAUGCCGAGCGAGUGCCACGGACACACACUUUUGUACUCUUAGGAUCUGGAUUGUGGUGUGGGCUACAGGCAGCUAGGACUGCCCCCAGUGAGGGGGCUUAGAGGAGGAGUGAAGGACUGGCGGCUGAUUUACCUUGCUAAUUGGGAGCCUGGGCCUGUGCCAAGGAGCCCUGUGACUGCUACUCAGAAAGGCUAUGGGGUGGGGGAGUGGGUCUGCGCUGGUCACAGUGCUUUGGAGGCUGGGGAGGGUGUGACUCGCUGCUCUGCCUAGCAUUUAUAAGGCUUUGGGUUCAAUUCCUAGUACCAGGGUGGGGGGGAGAAGAAGUUACUUUGGGAAUCUAGACAGAUAUCUACCAAGGGCAUAAAAGAAAGUCAUUGUCAGCUUUGGGAACAAGAGCAGCAGAAAUGGAUGAAAUUCUUUUAGCCAAAUAGACACCCUAGGUGGCAGGACGCCUGUCCAGGGAGGGCCACUGGUUCCCAAGCACCACUCUAAAUGUCCCCGCCCUGAUAUGAUUUCACUGAGUAAAAUACACCAGUGGUGCUAGAGGCCAGCCGGGAGGACCCAGCACACAGCUGGCUGAAGGGAGAAAGGCCUUGGAGCUCCAGAAGUGGGCUCCAGCUGGCUCUCCUGACUCUACCCCCUGCCUGCCCAGAGCAGCGGCCUGGCUUCCACUCCUUCCACCUGUGUCUUCUGAUCCGAAUCCGAGAAAACAGAACUUUCCUGAAGGAGCAGCUGAAGACAGAAAGGGUAGUGUCUAAACGAACGCUUAGGUAAACAUCCUUCCACAGCUCGAAUGGGCCAGGCAGGACCUCUGAGCCUCAACUGUGUAGUCCAAGCAUGCGUGAAGGGAGUGAGUGUGUUUGAGCCACUCAUGCUCAGAGACCUGAGACAGCCAGAUCUGCUCAGAGCUUGGGCAGGAACACCAGCGGCUGCCUGCAGAAGGCAUGUGACGAGGUCACAGGAGACCAGCUUGACACCUCAGAGCCGCUUAGUGCCCAGGACUUGCAGGUGAGUCACACCUUCAAGGAACAGGCGCUUCCUGGGGUGAGUUACUCUACCUCCCAGUGCAGAAGAUCUCUGUCCUGAAGACAGUGUGUCUGUCUCCACACCCCCAGCCCAAGUCCAUGUCCUAAGCCACCAGUGAGAAGCUGCCGCUUCUGCUGCCCUAGCAGGUCCGUCCCUACUACAGGUGUCCAUCUUGAGGAAGGUAGACAGGCCUGAAGGAUCUGUUUAAGGGACCUUUUUCUCCUAGUUCCUUUGUUUGUUCGUUGGUUUUGUUUAUACUUGUUUAAAGUAUGUGUGGGGAGGGGGUUGUUGAGGAGACAGGGUACUGGUGCUUUGUUUUCUGUGCAUAAGUGUUCCUCCAGCACUGCCGAAGUGUGUUCCUGUGGUGACAUCUAAGCCACAGCCUGCCUCUCAGGGCAGGGUCUUUUUUGGAAGGGGCCUCGUUUCACUUGUUGGGUUUUAGGAGAGCCAGAGGGGAGAAACUGUACCACCCAGCCCACAGAGCUCUCUGGGUGCACAGCUGAGUGACUGUGGGGGGACAGCCUGCUCCUUCCAGAGCAUGAGUGCAUGGGCGAGGAGGUGUGCUACAGCAGUGGCCUCCCGAGUUCUGCCCUGGAACUGCUGUAGUGGGAAGCCAGGCAUGGCGGGGGAAUCAGAAGCCUAACCUGGGGCUGGGAAGACUGGCCUGGUGCCCAGGCUGUGAAAAGGAAAGCUUCCAGCCCUUCAUCCUGCACUGUAAGCGUAUCUCAUCUCCAUCACUUGAGAGCUGUGAGCCAGCAUUCCGCUGUGUCCUUGGGUAGAGAAGUCUGAUUGGAGUCCAUCCGCCCCAGCUCGUGAGCUGCCCUCUGCAGCCUUGAGUCUUAGCCCACCCGGCUCCACACAGUCGUGUUUCAAUGGUAAAGCCCAUGUGUUGGAGGGGCUGAGCAAAAAUGGGGUGUGCAUUGCACUGCCACUGUGGUAUUAAUAGCCCUGCUCUGUGUCUCCCCCCUUCUGCCUGCGUGAGGUAUCCAUACUUUUUUUGAGAGUGCUGUGGACUGGAAGCUGUGGGCUGUGACAUUUAAUAAAGUGUGGAUUUUGCUAGAUAAUU